UGUUUAUCGCUCGCCGCCUGGCUCUGGGCCAGCUUGCAUGGCGGCGCGGCUCACAGUGGUGUCUCUCUGUCAAACAGGAGCUGGAGAAGCAGUACUCACCCAGCAGGUGGUCCCACAGGAUGGCGGCGGACGACGUGAUCAAGGCCCACGUCAAGGCCCUGAAGGAAGGUCGGUUUGCGCUGAUUUAAAACCCCGUGCAGAAAGUCGGGCCGUCCGACUGGAGUACCGGCGUUGUGCUCAAUGUGGUACGGAGCGAGCCCGCAGCCUGGCUCAAACCCUAAUCGAUGUGCCGUACGGGGAGGGAGAUGGGGAGAAACUAGACGUGUACAUCCCCAGGACCAACUCUUUGGACGUCAACCUUGUUAUUUACAUCCACGGAGGCUACUGGCAGUUUCUCAGCAAAGAAGAGUCCGGAUUCAUGGCCGUCCCACUCAUCGAUAAGGACGUGGUCGUGGUUGCCGUCGGUUACGACAUUGCCCCGAAAGGGAACAUGGAUCUGAUGGUGUCGCAGGUCCGCAGGAGUGUCGCGUCUGUCAUUCAGCAGUACUCGCACAUCAGGGGCCUGUACCUGUGUGGCCACUCUGCCGGGGCUCACCUGGCUGCCAUGGUGCUCUCCACCGACUGGUCUCAGUACAGCGUCACACCAGACAUCAGAGGUGCUUUUCUUGUGAGCGGCAUAUAUGACCUGCUGCCCAUCCUGUCCACAUACGUCAACGAGCCUCUGAAGAUGACAGAGGAGGUGGCGGUGAGAAACAGCCCCAGCAAGCUGGUCCCUCAGCUCAAGCUGUCCUCCUCAGGCUGCCAGAUUGUCGUGGCCGUCGCCCAGAACGACUCGCCGGAGUUUCGCAAGCAGUCAGAGGAGUACUAUAAAAUGCUAGAAGCAGCAGGACUGAAUGUGACCAUGGAGGAUGUGGCGAACACGGAUCACUUUAAUAUCAUUGAGCAGCUGGUAGAUGGAGACUAUCACCUAACCAAGCUUCUCCUGAAGAUGAUGGGGAAGAGCUGAGGAUCAGCGGCCGUGCGCCCACCAUAAAGACAAUAUGCAUAGUUUCAGGUUUUCACUGCGGUAAAUGUUCUUUCGUCUUUUUGAAAUGAAUCCAGGUGACCUCGGUUGUUCUGACGGUUUAAGUUGAUUUAAUGCAAAGGCUCUUCAUCACGGCCGCUGCUGGGGAAAAAGUCCUAACUAAGCUUCGGAUGUUUUCCACACCUUCACUUCACUGUGGCCUAUUGUUGCAAAUUUCACUUCCCAAACUCAGAAGUAAACAAAUUACUGGCCUAUUGUGAACACUGUUAUUGUCAGGAAACAUGGCCCCGUUGCACAUUUACUGUUGUUGGGGGGGGUUGUUAUGUUUGGCUUAUCUCCAGUGUUUUGUAUCUGGGUGGGUCUGACUGAUUAAUGCCAUUGUUUAGUUCUCUUUUGUUUUGUUUUUUGUGUGACAAUCUUAAGCAUGUAUGUUAGUCAGGACUGAUAAGAGUAUGGACAUAUUAUUUAACCUGAAGGUUAGCGUUUUACCAUAACCUCCAGCUCCACACUGAAAUCUCACCCAGGGAAUUCUGAUGUUACAGAAGAUGAUAUGACGGGUUUAUAGUUGGACUGGAUCCUGAUGUAGUUGAUAACAGUGACACUUUAAUUCGCACUGCAUAAUCUAGCAUUGCACGCUGUUUAACAAUAUUUCCACCUUGUUCUGCUUACCAUUAUAGUAGAAUAUAAAGAAGAUAAUAAAUAUUUAUAUUUGAGAAAAGUGGUUCAGUUGUUUUUUUUUUUUGUGUAUGUGCGUUCGUUGACUGAGGUUUAUUUGCAUUGUGAAUGAUUAUUUUUCCCCCAUUUAAAAAAUGGUCAUGUUCCAUGUACAGCGAUUUCAAACUCACACAUUCCACCUAAAGACAAACAUCUACAGAAGCAGAAAUGGAAUGCAGCCCUGAUUAAUGCAUCUGUUCUAUGUCAACCAGAAAUACAACAUCUGCUGCAAAAGGAAGAACUGAAAAGGAUAUGUUCCCUUUAAACAAAAUAGUAACUUAAACACCAUACUUUAUUUUAUUUUUCAUUUGAGAUAUGUGUUUCAAUUGAGAAUUUCUAGAUUUGUACUUUAAAUAUCUCCUUUCAAAUUCUCCCGUUCAGUGGUCGGUACAGCGUCAUAAAAAAUAAAGAUUCAUUGUAAUCUAAUUAAACUGUUAAUGCUU